CGGGGGGGCGGGGUGGUGGCCCUGGCAGGCGGCUGAGGGGCAGCUCUGCAGGGGAGAGCGGCGGAAGUCACUAACGGAAAACCUUCCUGUUGCAGGAGACAAUGAUGUGAAAGUACAAGUUAAAGCCUGUGCUCUGAGCUGGAUGGAUACAAAGCUUUUGUCAGAAAUGAAGUUGGAGAAGGAAUUUCUACCUGUUGGGAGGGAGAUUUCUGGAGUGGUGUUGGAGGUUGGAAAUAAAGUGUCCUCCUUUCAACCAGAUGAUGAAGUAGUAGGAAUUUUACCUCUAGAUUCUGAAGAGUCUGGUGUCUCUGAAGUUAUUCUGGUUCAUCAGCAUUAUUUGGUUCGCAAACCAGAAAAAGUCUGUUGGGUUGAAGCAGCAGGGACCCUCCGUGAUGGUGUACGAGCAUAUACAGCUCUACAUUACCUUUCCGAUGUCUCUCCUGGAAAAACUGUCCUAGUAAUGGAUGGAGCAAGUCCAUUUGGUACAAUAGCUGUUCAGUUAGCACAACAGAGAGGAGCCAAAGUAAUUUCUACAGCAUAUAGUCUUGAAGACAAGCAGUGCUUGGAGAGGCUGAGACCUACUGUGGGUACGAGGCAGCCUUUAGUAGCUCGAGUGAUUGAUGUUUCAAAUGGAAAGAUUGAUGUUGCAGAAAGCUGUUUGGAGGAAACAGGUGGCCUGGGAGUAGAUAUUGUCCUAGAUGCUGGAGUGAGGUUAUACAGCAAAGAAGAUGAGUCAAACUUAAAAUCGCAACUUCUGCCACAUAAGCAUGAUAUCAUUACACUUCUUGGUGUUGGAGGACACUGGAUAACUACAGAAAGAAAUCUCCAGUUGGACCCUCCAGACAGCAAUUGCCUGUUCCUUAAAGGAGCAACAGUCUCUUUUCUGAACGAUGAAGUUUGGAAUUUGUCAACUGUACAGCAAGGAAAGUAUCUUUGUAUCUUAGAAGAUAUAAUGGAGAAGUUAUCAAGUAAUGUGUUCAGGCCUCAGUUGGAUGAACCAGUCCCAUUGUAUGAAGCCAAAGUUUCUAUGGAAAUGGUUCAGAAGAAUCAAGCAAGAAAAAGACAAGUCAUCCAGUUCUAAAGCACAAUUUCCUGGUUUCCAAGACAGUGAAGGACAUUGGAGCUAUGUAUAUUUGAGAAGUAAAGUAAUGUGCAACUAACUAGUUUUCAAAGAGCUCUGUAACUUGCAUUCAAGGAUCCUUUGUAUUUCAGGAUAAAUGAUCUGUGAAAUUGCUGGUGUUGAGAUUUAGGUUUCCCUGGAUUAUAUCCAAUAGAAUGUUCCAUCGGUAACUUUAAAGAGAUACCUCCACCCUGUCACCCUCCUCCCAACUAAUUAGUUAACAUCUUUAUCUGAAAGAUUAGAGGAAAAAUAUUUCUGGGGGGGUUUUUUCAAUGGGUUUACAUUUUUGCAUUUGAAAGCAUUUAGUCUUCAGUGCUGUAUGUAGCCUCUCCAGGUCUUUAAUCUGUUUUAAAUGGACAGAGGGAAAUGAAAAUGUAGUCAUAAACCAGCAAAAUAGGCAAGGGGUUCUCAGGGUAGGCAUGUGCUUGACACAACGUAAAACUUUGUUUUGUAAAGACUUAUCAUCCCUUCAAGAAGUGAAUUUACCACCUAUGAACUGUAAAAUCAGCACCAUCAAACUUCUUAUAUACUUACAUAAAAUUAGAACAUAAAUGUGGAUGGAAGCUUAUCUGAGCCUUUUUCAUGGUUCAAUGCACUUUACUGUACAUAACGUAUAACUUUUAUAUUAUUAAAAGGCUAGGAAAUGUAAACUAGUUUUCAACCACUGACACUUUCUCAAACACCCUCUGUCCUCUCACAACCUUUCAUCUCUAUGCUUUAAUUUCAACUAUUCCCCAUCCUCUAGGAAGAAACCUACUUCUCUCCUUUCCUAUGGCUGAUGGCCUCCCACUUCUUACUGUCUGAGAUUUGCAGCAUGCUGUUCUAUUAAUCUAGGUACCAUUUGUUGGUAAGGAUGACUCAGAUUUCUGUGCACCAGCACUUUGAACCACUGUAACAACUUUGAAAUCUGUAUGAGACUCAGGAUCAAAUCUAUGUAACAAAACCUUGGUGAACAUUUUUUCUUUCCAUGCACUGGAAUUAUAGUGUAUGCUUAGUAAAUCACAUAAUGCAGGUUUAUAAGAAUAUAAAGCAAUCUUGUUUAUUGCUGUGUGAGGAGGUCUUAUUUUACUGCUUUUGUGAUGCAAUUCAGGCUUACGAAUAAGCACUUUAACAUACAAAACCUUUAAAACUACAUCAAGAAAUUGAUUCUCCAUUUGAAAUAGGUCCUAAACCCAUGAUCUGUCCAGCUGUGUUUAUUAUGAUAUUUUCCUCCUGGUUAUGCCCCAAUUUGGCAUUUGCAAAUAGAAAAGCAGAAAAAGAGUGGGACUAGAAAUAAGUAUAGAUACUAAUCUAGAUCAGGUUUAACAAAACAAGGAAAAAUAAGUCACUAACACAAUUGGAAAGAGAAGAUUUGUGAUGCUUACAGCUCCUUGUCUGUCUAAUUUUACUGUAACCCCUUCACCUUUGCUUGCAGAUAACAACAGUUGCAGGAAACAUGUAUGCAAUAAGCUACAGGUGGAAUACCCCUAACCUAACCAUCUCUUGGUUUCUUUUUCAGCUGAAUUAGUUAAGAAAUUAAUCUAAUUUAUUUUAUCUGUUGAGUUUUAUAAACUCCUGUUUACAUUUUUAAAUUAGUCUGAAGUUGUUAGUAUGGUCUUAAGUAGGAUGUUUUUCAUGAAAGUUUAGGCAUACCUAAUUUAGUUAAACUGCUAGGGUAUUUAUACACAUGCUCCAGGAGUGGGGUGGGAGGUGCUUUAAUUAAAGCGGCUCUCACAUCUGGCAAUCUUACUGACAUAAA